CAGCUCUUGACGUAACGACGGCUUAUCUUACACAAUCCCAUGUCAUCCCAAUCUUUCCCAGUUCUUGCUUCUCCAAACCCAAUUGAACCCUCUCACCAUGUCAUGACACGACCAAAAUGCUUCCAGAACCAACACUCACACUAACCCUCCCCAGUAUCCACGACGGUCUAACCCUCGACUGCCGAAUCUACCACCCGCUCUCGCUGUCUGCGAACCCAAAAGCUCCAACAUGGCUGAAACAUGCCGCUGUCGUGGCUCAUCCUUAUGCGCCCAUGGGAGGAUGCUAUGAUGAUCCUGUGGUUGGAGGGGCAGCUGCGCAGUUACUACGAAAGGGGUUCUUGGUAGGGACCUUUAACUUUCGAGGUGCACAUGGAUCUGCGGGACGGACUUCAUGGACUGCGAAACCCGAACGAGACGAUUAUGCCACCGUUGUCGCUUUUGUUCUACACUACGUUCACGACCUCGAUCCCUUCCGACCGCAUAUCGAUAAUACCCUCCACAGCGAACCCUCGACACCGACAAGGUUAGAAGCACCGAUUAGUCUAGACGCAGCUGUCACUUCAGCGCCUCGACCACGGCCCAUCUUGCUCAUGGGGGGUUACUCCUACGGCGGGAUGAUCGUAACGCAAAUACCACCCCUCGACGCAAUUCUCCAACCGUUCAUAUCACCCAUCGCAGGCUCCGACGCCGCAGAAGUUCGACUUCGAGCUGCGCAUCUUGCUGAGCAGCAGAAUAUUGUGCUUGCGAGUGCCCGUGCCGCAAUGAUGGAGGGGUCAGCGCGGGGGAGGAGUAAGCGUGGUGUAAGAAUUGGGGGCGAUGAGGGCGGGAGCCCACGACGAAGUCAUUCUAGUGCAAGGAGGAGUUUUUCGCUGGAUGAUGAGAGGUUUAGAAAGGGUGUUCACGAUUUUAUCGCCAAGGCGAGAGCUGGAAGACAUUCGAGAAACGUUUCGCAGAACCCACCUACGGCUGUCGUACCGCCUGAGCCGGGAGAGCAUCUCCCUCGUAUUACGGAUCUCACCAUGCCGCGACCUGCUUACCUCAUGAUCUCACCUCCCCAAGGCGUGGUCACACAUCUGGCGACCAUGUCGCUACUCCCUUCGGCAUUGGUAAAGAACAAAGAUCCGCAGGAUGUAGCGGCUGAAGAAAAACUGGUGCGAAAUCCGUCACUUGUGAUCUUUGGAGAUGAGGAUGGGUUUGCACCUGUGGGGAAGUUUAGAAGUUGGAAGGCGAAGAUGGAAGGGAAGAUGGGGUCGCAGUUUAAAGGGACGGAGAUUGAGACAGCGGGACAUUUUUGGGUGGAGGAAGGGGUUUUGGAUCAGUUGGGGGAGAGGGUUGGGGAGUUUGCUGAUGAAUUACUUGCGGGAUAGGAGGUUUAUGAGCGUUUUCUUGGGAUGAUGGAGUAACGGGUUACUGGGUUUCAAGCACAGGUUGGAUUGAUAGCUGGUAUAUGGCAAGGGACAGAACCAGAAACGAGUAAUGAAUCAGGAGAAUGUUGAACCUUGAUCAGAUAUUUCCAUUUCUAUUGUUCUAUAACCAAGUCGUUUGAUCUAUCCAGGUCUACAGCUUCCAGCGCAGCAGAGUAAACGAGUGCUUGGGGAACGUGAACAAGCCCUCGCCAUUCCACUUGGACUCCUUGAUACCAACCUCCUCCUUCUCAGCAGUGUUGACAACCUUGACGUCCUUUCCACUGACAGUAUGAACCUCAACCUCCUUACCACCCGUCAAGCCCCUUAGCUCCGUCUCAAAGUCCUUCUCCUCAUGGAUAUUCACAACAGCAAGGUUGACAACACCAUCCUUAUCAAGCGCAGCACUAACAUCCAACCACGGCGUCUCAAUGGCACCGCGAAUCCACUCCGGAUGCGUAGGGCCCUGGUAUUCACCAGCGCGAACAUUAACAGCGAUGGUAGAUCCGCGCAUGUACUUGCUGUACAGCAGUAAAGACCACCAUGUUGGUUGCUUGAGAAGACCGUCCUUUGUGGUCAUAAGGGGAGAGAUAACGUUUACGCUUUGAGCGAUGUUGGCCAUGCCCAUGUGCUUGGAUUGGCGGACAAAGACGUUGAGCCAGAUUGCUACGGCGAGGGCAUCGGAGAGGUUGUAUUUCUCUUCGGCGCCUUCUUCGCCGGGGGCGCGGACGGGAUCCCAUACGUUCCACUCGUCGAAGCAGAUCUUUUGACGGCGGACGCUGGGGGGC